AUGACUCAUGCUAGGCCUGGUACAGGAUUUCUCCAUGCUGAUCGUCCUGCGAUAAUGAAAGGUAAGGUUCAACCUCAGAUCAGGUCGGAAAGCAAGGGUCCGCAUAGUGUUACUCGGACGGGAAGGAUCGACUCGCUCAACCCCGCUUUCAAUUUCCAUGUACAGGUGGUAACCCCUAAAGGAAUGCUUUCGAAUGCUUAUGAUUGUCAUGGAGCUUCCCUUGGCAUUGCGGCAUCAAAGCCUUUUUAUUUCUAUUUUUAUGAUCUUUUUCCCUUUCAGAAAGAAAAGGAAGGCCGCCUAUUCAAUUCAGUUGGGAAGAUGAGCCACGAUCCUCCAGGCGACCCUUUAAUGUCGCAUUCGCCACGCCGGCUCCGGCGUCUAUACGAGCCUCUUUCCCUACUUCAGGCGCUGGGAAAUGUUCGAGGUUGGCGUAUCAGAGCCCCUGACAUACCGCAGGAUAAUUCUGGCUUCAACGCCAUAAAGAGUCAUAGGUCAUUUGUGGAUGCAUUUGCCUACGCCUGCGCAUACAAGAAGCAACCUGCCUAUGUGACCGCGGUCGCGUUGGAAAAGAGACCAGAGGAGAUAGUGGUUUGGCUAGCGGCGAACAAGAAUGUGGAAGAAACCGUUGUCAGCUUUGCUCAAGAUGUCUUGAUAAUUGUACAAUGGCUGGCAAGGAACCCAUCGGCUCAACUGGGCACCGAAGAUGGCCAACAAGCCCUGAAGCUUUUGACGAACAGAGUCUUGUGCUUUAAUGCACCCAAAAUCUACACCUAUUAUGAGCAAGUUGUGAGAGCUGCGCCUCCAGUAAUAGCAAAGCUUUCUAAUGGGCAACAUGAAGGUAACCCUAAUGUUGCCAAUCUCAAACACUGGCUGUCACAGCACCUGCAAAGGGACGGUGUACAACUCCAAGAAGUGGAUAUGGCGAAAUUGGCCGUCAUAAGUCACAACUCACGAGAUACCUUCGAGGUCCUCCGGAACCUAGCCAUGGAAUCACAUGACCCUCACACAUUUGAGCGGCUCUUUAAGUUGCUCGGCAAACUCGGGAAGCAUGUGAUUAUGAGCAAACGAAUAGUCGAAGGCGCAAUAUUUCUACGUUCAGAUUUUGCAAGAGGGAUGAGACUCGAGAGAGUUCCUGCGUCUCGAGAGCGUCCCCUUCCCUUUUCGUCUCGCAAGUACAAUAUCGAUGGCAUUAGCAACCGGAUGUUCUCUAGUAAUUCAGCAGAGAAGCAGAGGUUUCUUGCCCGUCUGCGGACAAUUUGGGAUACAAACGAAUGGGACAAGAACUUGGCUAAGGAGCACCUCGCGGGUAAAGGCAUUGUGCAUGCUGAGCUCUUGAUACUCGAUCAUUUUGAAAAGACCGGUGGGGAUUUUCUGGAUAAUUCGGACAAGUAUAUCGGAUGCAGCAAGCCUGCCUGUUAUCUUUGCUAUCACUAUAUCUGCAAUCAUCCAGGCCGUUAUAUUCGCCCUUCAUCUCAUCAGAAACUUUAUAUGAGGUGGCGCCUUCCCGACAUCAGCGUAAGAGAACCGAACGCCGCCGCCCGUUUCAAAGACCAAGAGCAGAUUCUCAAUAAUCUGAUAGAUCUAGUACGACGGGAGUUGAAGAAUGACAUCGAAGCUGGCGUGGGCAAGAUGAAGGAAUGCCCUGACUCAACGGCAGGAGGGACUUCGACUAUGUUUGAACUUGAGACAGGGCUAGAGGCCGACAUGGGUUCUUUAUCUUUCCAAGAGCUCCGACACCAAAUUGACCCCGACCUCCAAUACGUCGUUAUUCCCGACCCAGACAGCAGUUCUAGUAGUGCCUCUAGCAUUCACUCGCGUUCUAGCGCGGAUACUGCUGUGUCUGAAGGGGAUGGAUUUGAAUAUGAUAGCGACGGGGGAGUAGUUGUCUAGAGAUAAUCACCUCAAUUACGUCUGGGCACUUGGAUUCACUUACGUUGGGAUUUUAUAUAGCGCUUGUGUGGCUCAGUAGCGGGUGGAGUCCUACUUGCGCUAGAUAACGUUCAUGCAGAAUUCGGAGUGGAGUGAAGAGGAUAAAUUAGGGUAACAAGGUAAGUGAAGGUGCAUGGGUAGAUAACAACGGCGAAGAAAGACUAAAUACAAGAGGAGGAAUCCGCCGAUGGUCACCCAAUCCGAACUACUAAUUUCUUGGUGUGACUUGAAGCGCGGCUAAUUUCUAGAUAGAUGCUGAUUCUGUGAGCUGAUUUUGAGUACUGCUUCAUCAUAAUGUAACUAGAGUGGGC